CACUCGCAAGCCCCUCACGGUUAAAGCACCUCGCGUGCAGCCUGCGAUUUAUAUACACGAACAAUGUCUGGUGACCUCGCUUGCACCUACGCCGCGCUCAUCCUCUCCGACGAUGGUCAGGAGGUGACCGGUGACAAGAUGGACACCAUCAUCAAGGCCGCUGGUGUCACCAUCGAGCCCUACUGGACCAUGCUCUUCUCCAAGUUCCUCUCCGGCAAGCCCGUUGAGGAGCUCAUCGCCAACGUCGGUGCCGGCGGCGGCGGUGGUGCCGGCGGCGGCGGUGCCGCUGCCGGCGGUGAUGGCGGCGCUGCCGCGGCUGCCGAGCCCGAGCCCGAGCCCGAGGAGGAGGAGGAGGAGGCCAUGGACUUCGACCUCUUCGAUUAAAUCUCGAAACACGGUCGGAUGUCUGUGUUAACCGCCGCGUCCACUUGAAGGAAGGGCGACGGCCCUCGCGGUCGUCGUUCCUCGAUUAAAAAAAAUGCUUUUUUGUAAUGGUCCAUCUCAGUCCGUCGCAAA